GAAGAUGAAGAGAGAGCCAAAGCAAUCAAGAGGAAGACCAGAUGGUGGGCCACAUUCUUCUAAAACUCCUGAUAUUUUUUUUGUCGAUACCAAUACAUUCGUCAACUGCGAAAUUGAUGAAACUUUGGAAAUCAAGGAAGAGAUUGUGCUAGAUCCAGAUACUACAGGUAAAAAAUGGGAUGAAAGGUACGGUUCAAAAGUAUGCACCAUGGAUAUAAGCGACGCCGCCGUUUUGGAUAAGAACAAACUGUGGAACAAACCUGAAAAGAAGUACAAAUGCAAUAGGUGUUCUCGAACCUAUCAACAAAAGCGGUCUUUGACUUCUCAUCAAAAAUUCGACUGCGGAGUCAUGCCACAAUUCGCAUGUAAAUUCUGUGCGAAACGUUUUCAUCGGAAAUCUGUCAUGAAACUCCAUAUGAAUACUUUACAUAUGCAUUUAGAACAAUCACCAACCAAAACACAAUUUAUUUGUGAUUUUUGCGGAUAUACAGUGAAUGGGAAAUGUAACUUGGAAGAACACAUUACUUCUUGCCACUCACAGCCAUCGACAAAAAGGUUCCGAGAGAGUAAAUCUAUUGAUGAAAGUUUGGAAAUCAAGAAAGAGAUCAUGGAAGAUGCAGAGACUUCAGGCCAAGAACGGAAUGAAAUAUACGAUUCAAAAGUAUGUGCCGUAGAUACAACACAAUUCCGAUGUAAAUUAUGCGACAAAUGGUAUACACGAAAAUAUAAUUUUAUUCGACAUAUGAAUUGUGUACAUAAGCGUUUACAACUAUUUUCUUGUGAGCGUUGCGAAUAUAGAACAAAUCAUGAGGGUGACUUUUCAAGACACCUUGCAACUUGUCACUUACAGGUAUCGAGAAAAAGAUAUAAUUGCGACAAAUGUUCGCGAAGUUACAAUUGGUUAAGAGAUUUAACUCGACAUCAACGUUUAAAACAUGCAGCAGUUAUACCACUUUUCAUUUGCGACUAUUGUGGAUUCAGAACCAAUCUGAAAAGUAGCUUGGCAACACAUAUUACUAAACGCCAUUACAAGGAAUUCAAUGAUUAUUAAAAAUUACUUUUUUGCCUUAUAUUAAAUACGUGUGUAUUCCUUGAAUUACUUUUGAUGAAAAUCACUAUAUAAUCAUCAAACUUACUUUUUGAAAGCUUCAAAAGAGUCUAUUUAAUCUUUAUCGUAAGGACGUUUUGUUUCUUAAAAAAGGAUAUAGUUAUACGAGGGUAGAGAUUAUGAAACAAUAGUAUCCUAGAUUUAUUUAACUUAAUCAUAAGUUGAUGAGAGUAAAUUGAAAUUGUUUCUCUAACUUUAGUUCCGAGAUACUAGCCAUUUCUGUGUAGACACUGCUUUAUAUUUUCAAAUUCAUUCAAAAGUAAGUAUUAACUACAUGUUGCUUCUAUGAAAAACAUAAUACGAUAUAAAUUCUGUAGACAGUUAAGUAUUUGCGUAACACGUACUGCUCACGGUGUGCCUGAACGAACUUUAAAUGAGGAUGACAAGAGAGGUCUUAUAUUAUUUUUUUGGUUUCGUUCUAGAAUGAUUCAGAAACAAUU